GCCGCCAUCUUGAAUAAAAUGCACUGCCGAUAACUUGCAAGAACUCGCGAUGCGUCAAAUCCUUUUAGCGUGAAUUGAAAGAGUACAGUUUCGAUUUAUCGAAUACACAGAUCAUUUUUCAACUAAAGAAGAAGUUUGUGUAAAAAAAAAAAAAAUCGCAUACACAGCAAUAAUAUACAUAUUGAUUCUAAUAAGGAAUGAUGCUUUGUUUAUUCGCAAUGCGUAAUAGAGCCAUCUACCGGUGCUUUUGGAAUCAGAUAAGAUUGACGACCCUGAGAUUUGGAGCACCCGUUUCGUUUCCGAAUAUAUACGAGACUGCAAACAAGGCGUUUUCAGGUUACUGCGCAUGCGGGAAAAAUUCCAUGAGUCGGCAAAAAGAGAAAGGUAGUGGUGGUUUCUUGCAGCUGGAAUUACUGAACAAUUUGUGGAAUAGUAACAGUGUUAAACAGUGUCAAAAUUAUUCCACCACUAUUGAAACAAGGGAUCAAAAGAUGACGGGCAUCACAGAAAAACCAUUUCGUCGACUUCCCAAGGAUGUUAAACCUUGUCACUAUGACAUUACGUUGGAGCCGGACAUAGCAAAUUUUGUUUUCAAGGGAAUAGAAAAAGUGCAUAUUGAAGUACUCGAACCUACUGACACAAUUGUUUUAAAUUCAUUGGAAAUCAAUAUUGAAAAAGCAUAUUAUGUUAAUAAUGAUGGAUCUACUGUUUCUGCAAAAAGUAUUAAUACAUCUCCAUCCGAAGAAACAGCUAUUUUAGUAUUUGACGAUAAAUUUCCCGUUGGUAAAGAUGUGAUUCUUACUUUGGAAUUUAAUGGAGAGAUCAAUGACAAGAUGAAAGGUUUUUAUCGCAGUAAAUACAGAAGGGCUGAUGGUUCGGUCGCUUAUGCAGCGGUUACGCAGUUUGAACCCACAGAUGCUAGGCGUUGUUUUCCAUGCUGGGAUGAACCUGCUCUUAAAGCUACAUUUGAUAUUACUUUAAAAAUACCAGUUGGUGUUAUUGCACUGUCAAAUAUGACUAUCAAAGAAAGAAGUGUUUCCGAAUCGGUUGAAACAUUGUCGUUUGAAAGAACUCCGCGUAUGUCUACUUAUCUGGUCGCCGUAGUAAUAGGAGAGUUUGAUUGCAUAGAAGACAAAUCAAGCGAUGGUGUACUUGUACGAGUUUAUACCCCAAAAACUAAACAAGAGCAAGGCCAAUUUGCAUUAGAAGUAGCAACGAAGGUGUUGCCUUAUUAUAAGACAUAUUUUGGUAUAGCGUAUCCGCUUCCAAAAAUCGAUCUUAUUGCAAUUAAGGACUUUUCAUCAGGUGCCAUGGAAAAUUGGGGUUUAGUUACGUAUCGUGAAGCUUGUCUCUUGGUAGAUCCGCAGAACACAUCUGCUGUUAGGAAACAGUGGAUCGCUUUAGUCGUAGCACACGAAUUAGCUCAUCAAUGGUUUGGAAAUCUCGUCACUAUGGAAUGGUGGACGCAUUUAUGGUUAAACGAAGGAUACGCUUCGUUCGUAGAAUUCCUUUGCGUUGCACAUCUUUUCCCCGAAUACGAUAUUUGGACGCAAUUUGUAACAGAUACGCAUAUCAGAGCAUUGGAAUUGGAUGCAUUGAAGAACAGCCAUCCUAUUGAAGUGUUAGUCGAGCAUCCAGCCGAAAUAGAUGAAAUUUUCGAUGAUAUAUCUUAUUAUAAAGGCGCGUGUGUUAUCAGAAUGCUGCACUCUUAUAUCGGUGAUGAUGAUUUCAGAAAGGGGAUGAAUUUGUACUUAAAUAGGCAUAGUUAUGCUAACGCAGAAACGGAAGAUCUUUGGGCUGCCUUGGAAGAGGCUAGCAAUAAAAGUGUUCGAAGUGUUAUGUCUACGUGGACCAAACAACAAGGCUUUCCUAUUGUUAAAGUUGAUUGUCGACAAGAAGGUAACAAUAGAAUUUUAUCUCUCUCUCAAGAAAGAUUUUUAGCAGACGGAUCUGUGGAUAUGGAUAAUCAAUUGUGGAUUGUACCAAUAAGUGUAAGCACUUCGAAGAAUCCAAAAGAAACUGUUCUUACUGCAUUAUUGGAUGAAAAAACGAAAGAAUUUGUACUUAAAGACGUACCUGAAGGUACUUGGAUAAAAAUUAAUCCUGGAACGAUUGGAUUUUACAGAACGCGUUAUAAUCCAGAAGCGAUGUCUCUAUUUUUACCUGCCAUUAAAGAUCGCUCGUUACCACCAUUAGACAGAUUAGGUCUUUUGGAUGAUCUUUUUGCUAUGGUGCAAGCUGGACAUGCCUCGACCGUAGAAUUACUUAGAUUCAUGCAAGCGUUCCAACACGAGGACAAUUAUACAGUAUGGUCCAGUAUAGUGAAUUGCAUAGGAAAGAUUUCUGUACUUUUAGCACCUCUCGAUAUUGCGGAUACAUUUAAAGCAUUCGUGCGAAAUCUAAUGCGUGACAUUAGCAAACGAUUAGGAUGGUAUCCAAAGCCUAAUGAAAGUCAUUUAGAUACACUCCUGAGAUCUCUCAUAUUGGAUCGUAUGGCGGCAGCUAACGACGAGGAAACCAUACGAGAAGCUAAGAAGAGAUUUGCACUUCACGUGUCUGGGGCCGUGCCACUUUCUGCAGAUUUGAGAAGUUCCGUUUAUCGUGCUGUCCUCUCUGUAGGUGAUUACAUUACUUACGAUACUAUGCUUAAUCUCUACGAAGAAUCAGAUCUCAACGAAGAAAAAGAAAGAAUAUUGAAAGCACUUGGCGCAAUCAGAUAUGAAAAUUUAUUAAAGAAAACUAUUGAAUUCUCAAUGAGUGAGAAAGUAAAAGCACAAGAUACCGUUUUUGGCUUCAUGUCUGUUACAAUGUCGCAAUAUAAAGGUCGUGUAAUUGCUUGGGAAUUCUUCAAGGAACAUUGGAAAACUCUUCUCGAUCGUUACGAGGGUGGUUUCUUACUUGCAAGGCUAAUCAAGGUAACGACUGAAAAUUUUGUUUCCGAAGAAUUUGCCAAAGAUGUGGAAAACUUCUUUGAAAAUCAUCCGAUACCUGGAACAGAGAGAACAGUACAGCAAAGCAUAGAAUCUAUCAGAUUGCAUGCGGCGUGGCUUGCUAGAGAUGAAGAUUCUAUAAAAGAGUUUUUGAAUUCUGUAGUUGUUCAUGAUUGAAUUUAUGAACAGAAGAAGAGAGAGAGAGAGAGAGAGAGAGAGAGAGAGAGAAUCGAUAAAAUCGUACCUUUUUUUAAGAGUUAAGCAAUUAUUUAAAUUAAUUAAAUAAAAAACGUUUUUUAGUAACGUUUCAGAUUAACAAGCAUAAGAUCACGAUGAUCUAUUGUUUGUUCGUACCAUAGUUCGUCAUUAGAAGGAAAUCAUUAUUUUAAAUAAGAAUCAUCAUCGUUCGUUUAGUUUAGGGGAAGUUUGUAUUGAUAAUAGCAUUUAAACAAAAGUCGUCUCCUCGUCAUUUGUUCAUUAAUCGUGUGUUUUAUUUAGAAAAAAAAAAAAAAAAAGAAACAAAAAACCAUACUCGUACUUACAAAUAAUUCACAGAGAAUACGCCCGCGAGUCUGUAAUAAUUGUGUGCUACUUUUAUGUUAUACGCGUAUUCGUAACAUUAUAUCAAAGAGAAAUGUAACGUUACCGUUCCCCAAAAACACAACUGCAUUUUCGAGAUAAGUAUCUAUUGACUCUAUGAGAGAAAAUUGAAA